CUCAAUAGACUCAAAAAAAUCCUUCUUCGCCAUUCCAUUUCCAUUUCCAUUAAUAUUUUGUUUCACCUUCAAUUCCCUCUCUCUCUCUCUCUCUCUCUCUCUUCCAAUUACCAAAAGCAGGCAUGAAUAAUUCGAAUUCCCCGGCAGGCGUAGGCGGCGCAAUGAGCUCGGCGGAUCAGGGCUCCGGCAGCAGCAAUCCGCCGCUGAGCCGGUACGAGUCGCAGAAGAGAAGGGACUGGAACACCUUCGGGCAGUAUCUGAAGAAUCAGAGGCCGCCGGUGUCGCUGUCGCAGUGCAAUUGCAACCACGUGCUGGAAUUCCUGAGAUACCUCGACCAGUUCGGGAAGACGAAGGUUCACCUGCAUGGUUGCGUCUUCUUCGGGCAGCCCGACCCGCCCGCGCCCUGCACGUGCCCGCUGCGCCAGGCCUGGGGCAGCCUCGACGCCCUCAUCGGCCGCCUCAGGGCCGCCUACGAGGAGCACGGCGGCUCGCCGGAGACCAACCCCUUCGGAAACGGCGCCAUCCGAAUCUAUCUCCGCGAGGUCAAGGAUUGCCAGUCAAAGGCCAGAGGGAUUCCGUACAAGAAGAAGAAGAAGAAGAGAAAAAUCAAUCAAAAUCAAACCAAACACGAUGACCAGCUUCUCAUCAACAACAAUCCCAAGCUGCCCGCUUAAUUCAAAUGCCACUGUAACUGAAAAUGCAGGGCUAAGGUGAAAGGCGAAAGGUGGCUAGCUAGCAUUGCUUGAAUAGAGGUGGGGUGUAUUGUAAUUAGGGUUAUAGUGCAAUGCUGUCUAAAAGGAUGCUAUAAAUCUUAAAAUCGAGUUUUAAUUUGCAUGCAUUCCCUUCAGUCACAUGAAAUGUUAUUAUUCUUUUUUUAACACGGGUAUUAAAUUGUAGGUUUUUUAUGUAUAAAAUGAAUUGCUUAUAAUAAGAGAGUACUUUUUUUGGGU